AUGUCCUUCUUCAUCCCCUCCGAAAUUAUCCAGGUCCCCCGGCAGCCCAGGCUUCUGGGUGCUGCAUCAACGCUAUGGCAAGUUAAUCACAUUGAGGACGUCAAUGGUGCUGACCCGGCCCAAGGGGACGUGAUCCGUGUUGCUCCAAAUGAGCUGCAUUUCUCGAACCCGCAAGCCUAUCACGAUAUCUACAACAAUGUCAACCGCUGGGACAAAGACAGGGCGCUGUAUGAAUGCUUUGGCGAGGAUCACUCUUCGUUUGGCUUCCUCAAAUACCACGAAGCCAAGCAGCGCAAGGAUGUCUUGCAACCGCUCUUCUCCCGACGAAACAUCUUACAAAUGCAGACCCUUGUCCGCAAGAAUAUGGACCAUCUCGCGGACAGGCUUUCAGGGGACUUCGUGGCAGGGAAGUCAUCAGACUUAUUCUUCGCCUUCAGAUGCUUUACCAUGGACACCAUAACAGGUUUCUGCUUCGCCAAAUCUGUGAACGCCAUCGAUGUACCUGACUAUAACGCCCCCAUUAUUGAAGCUAUGGAGGCAUCUGGGCCGGCCUUUAUCCAAUUUAAGCAUUUGCCAUUGUUCCGGAAAUUCGUAUUUUCGCUUCCUCCGAAUAUCGCCAUGAAAGCUUCGCCCGAGACAGCAGGCUUGACGCGUUUGCAGGUUAUCUUACGAGAUCAAGUCGACCAAGUAACGGCCAAUCCAAGCAUACUCAAGGAGGCUCCUCACCCUACCAUCUAUCAUCGACUGCUUGAUCCUGAAGUGCACAAAGGCCAGCCUAUCCCGAACAAACAAUCGCUCUACGAAGAAGCGCAGGCUUUGAUGUUUGGAGGCGGCGACACUGUCGGAAAUACCUUGAUAUUCGGCUUCAACCAGAUUCUGCAGCCGUCGAACGAGGAGCUCUACCAAUCUCUCCGCGAAGAAAUCCGGUCGGUCUGGCCAGAUCUUGCUGCCCCACCAAGCUCCUUCGAGGUAUUUGAGUCUCUUCCACUACUCACCGCGACCAUCAAAGAGUCUCUGCGGGUUGCGCCAGGCGUGGUGUCCCCUCUCCUUCGCGUCGUCCCAGCCAAGGGCGCAACAAUUGCUUCUCACCAGAUCCCUCCUGGCACGGUCGUCGGCAUCUCAGGCAUCUUUGUCCAUUCCUCUGCGACCAUAUUCGACAGUCCUGAAAAGUUCAUGCCCCAAAGGUGGCUGCGCUCUGGCAAUGACCUCGAAUCCAAUCUGGUGGCCUUCAGUCGCGGUCCGAGGUCGUGUCUGGGCAUCAACCUCGCGUGGUGCGAGUUGUACGUCGCCUUUGCCACCAUGUUGCGACGGUUCGAGCUUUUGGAGAUUGACCCAGAUUUCCCGCCCGCCGACCUGAGGUUUCGCGACUCCUUCCUGCCCAAUUUUUACGGAGAAAACCAUCUCAAAGUGCGGUGCAAACCGGCCACUAAGUGA